AUGUUUUGUGUGAAACGUUGCGGUGAAGACAUAACGCUAGAGAAGGAGGAGAAGAAGAUUAACCGUAUGAUCGACGAGAGCCUCAAGAGGGACAAGAAGGCCGCCAGACGUGAACUGAAGCUACUAUUGCUGGGAACGGGAGAGUCCGGCAAAAGUACUUUCGUUAAACAAAUGCGAAUCAUUCAUAACAGCGACUAUACGGACACCGAGAGGAAGGGAUUCAUACACUAUGUCUACCACAACAUCGUUGUCGCCAUUCAAACUAUUGUUAAAGCAAUGGACGAUUUGAACAUUAAGUAUGAAAAUGAGUCGAAUCGGGCGAACGGCCAACUCUUGGACACCAUUUAUGUAGACUAUAAAUGCGCGCAUUUGACACGACUCACGGAACCGGUGGUGAAAGCCGUUAAACAGCUGUGGGACGACUCGGGUGUCCAAAAGUGUUACAGUCGUCGCAAUGAGUAUCAGUUGAGCGAUUCGGCGAAGUAUUACUUCGACGACAUCGACAGACUGUCCGCCGAUAACUAUACGCCCACUCGUGAGGACAUAUUGCGGGUACGGAUACCGACAACCGGUAUCAAUGAGUACACGUUUGAGUUGAGUUCUGUGCGGUUCCGAGUGGUGGACGUCGGGGGCCAGCGAUCGGAGCGCCGCAAAUGGAUCCACUGCUUCGAGAACGUGACGUCCAUUAUAUUCUUGGCGGCGCUCAACGAAUACGACCAGCGAUUGUAUGAAUGCAAUCAUAACUACAGCCAGAAUCGUAUGGAAGAAUCGCAGGCACUGUUCCACACCAUAAUCACAUGCAAAUGGUUUUUUGAGUCUUCAUUCAUACUGUUUCUGAACAAAACGGAUUUGUUUGACGAGAAGAUCAUACUCUCAGAUCUGGUCGACUACUUCGCCCAAUACGACGGCCCGGCGAAGGACUCGCUAUCGGCCCGUGAUUUCAUACUUAGGAUGUAUUUGUCGUUAAACCCAUUCAUUCAUAAAUACAUAUUCAGUCACUUUACGUGCGUAACCGACACCGAAAACAUGCGGUUUAUCAUUGAGUCCGUCAAACACACUAUACUUCAGAAACAUAUCAUUGACUUCAAUAUGGCUUAA